GGAAGCUAGGUUUAUGUUGGAGGAAAGCCGUUUCGAUGAUCUUGGUAAAACGCACGGGGACAAAUCUGGAAACAUCAUCUGAUGAUCAUACGUUUAUGGCGUUCCCAGCAGAGCCACAGUUUGAUGUAGAGGCGUCAGAUGAUGAAGUAGUUAGUGAUGAUUUCGAGGGAGACGAUGAUGAUGCUGAAGAUGAUGGAGACGAGGAUGAAGAUGAUAUUGAGGACGAAGCUCAAGAUGGACCACCAGCUAAAGCUGCUAAAUUGGAUAAAAAGUUAUACAAGCCUCCAACAGCUAAUGAGCUGAACACACUGAAGGAAGCAGAGAGCCUGUUUCAGUCCAACCUGUUUAAACUGCAGGUGAGGAGGUUGAUCAUAAACAGGAUUCAGUGCAUAGUGAUUGGAGGGCACAGAACAGAUGGCGUCAGUGAAAUCUCUCAUUGUCUGGCGUUGGAUGGGUUCCGUAAGGAGCUCACAGCGCCCGGUCGUGGGGGUGGAUCUGGCGCAUCUGGGGGGGUUGGCUGCGGCCCGAGCUUAGGCUCGGGGAGCAGCGCCUCCCCUGGGCAGCUUGAUCCCGGCUUAGGCCGUGGAGAUAAGCGCCCUCGGCACCUAAAGGCGACCUGCAAGAGGCGUAGGUCCGUCACAGGUGGCUGGCGCCCGGCGAUGCAGGGUUUGCCCUGGCCGCCUGGUGCCCUGACUGGCGGUCGCCUCGGCACUGCCAGCUUCGAGGACACCCUCGGCCUGGCAGCCAGUCUGGGUUGCCGGGGAGGCCUGUCGCGGCAGGUUCCUCUCGAGCGCCUCGGCGGCGACUUGGGGCGAGUUCUGCCCGGCUGGGCGACUUCGUUGCUUCUGGCGCCUCUUGACCUUUAUGGUCUUUUCGGGUUCAGCCUCUGGUGUAUCCUCGGCGGUCUCUCAGGGUAUGAAAUGCGGCUGCGAGGAUUAUGCCGAGUGGACAUGGAGGGCGAUGGAGGGAGGGAGGAGAGUCGGGCGGAGAGUGCCGUACUCCUUUGGCUCGUCUCUGAGGCAGGUGCGGGGAAAAAUUGCGAAGCCCUGCCCCAGGUGGCGUUCCCACACAGGCUUUCGACCCAGCGGAGUUUAGGCUCCGGGGGAGGCUUUUCGCCUACCAAGGUGCGCCGGCGGCGCCUCGCAUCCUACCAUCACUGCCCUCCGCUCCUCGCCAGCGGCCUUCCCCGCUUGCGUCCGCUUAUCCUUCUGCCCCGGCGAAGGAUGUUGCUAAGUGGACUGCCCUUUGCAGUCAAAGCGAAGAAGGCGGCGAGAGAGCAAGGGCAAGCCUGCUCAAAGCGCCUUGCAGCAACCUUUUGGGGCAAGGGGAAGCCAGCCCGGCUUCCCGCUGAUUCCUUCCCCAGAGCCCUUGUUGCCCCCACUCCAUGGCGGAGACUUGCCGACUGUGGGAUCAGUGAUCAAAAGUGGUUGAAAAAGUCCAAGGUGAAAGUCCCCAUCAUGCAGGUUCCCAAAAUAACCAAAGGGUACUUCAACUUCUUAGCUCCAUGCAGUGUGAAAUGUGUGGGGAGCUUUGCCCUGGGAACCUGCAUCAAGCCCAAUGUUCAUGUUGAUGUAUUAGCGGAAAUGCCAAAGGAAUGUCUCCAAGCCAAGGACUUUCUGAACCAGCGGUAUUUGCGGAAACGAGCCCUCUACUUGGCAGCCAUUGCCACUCAUUUACAGACCAGUCAGCUUAUCCAAGACCUGAAGUAUAGCUAUCACCAUGGCAACCACCUCAAACCCAUACUGAUCAUUCAUGUUAAAGGUGACAGUGGGAAACCUGUACAAGUCAACCUACACAUCAGCUUGCCGUCUGGCGCCUUCAGACCGAGCCGUUUCAGCAUCAGCCAGAGCAAUGUGAGGAAGUCGUGGUUCCAACAGACGGAGGAGGAGGCUGAGACUGAAGGCAGUGACUUGGCAGCAACCCCUAUGUACAACACCAGUGUUCUGCAGGAUAUGAUGUAUGACACAAACACAGAGUGUUUGCGACACGCCCAGGACAACACAUUCGGCAUAAGGGAGGGUAUCAUGCUGCUCAAAGUAUGGCUGAGACAGAGGGAACUGGACAAGGGCUAUGGAUGUUUUAGCGGUUUCAUCAUGGCGAUGUACGUGGCACACCUCCUGGACUGCCGCAAGUUGCACCGGAUGAUGAGCAGCUACCAGGUGAUGAGGAACACGCUUGUCAGUCUCGCCAGCACAGACUGGGUGAUCAGCCCUCUAUCUAUGUGUAGAGAUGACUCAGACCCACAACGUCCAUCCCUGCAGACCUUCCAGGAACAUAGCGACAUCGUCUUUGUGGACCCCAGUGGCUACCUCAACCUCUGCUGCAACCUCACACAUGCUGUAUACAGAAGGGUGCGGCAUGAGGCUGACCUAGCCAUCAAGUGUUUAGAGGGCACGGAGGCCAACACCUUUGAGACACUUCUACUCAAACCUGUACCUUUCAUUCAGAAAUUUGACCUGUGUUUUCAUAUCUCGGAGAUGGAAGAUGUAAGGAGAUCAGUGCCCAAACUGCAGCUGGAGGACAGCCUGAUGGACCAUGGUGGUCAUUACGUCCACACAUGUGUGCCAGCCCUCUUGAAGCUGAUGGAGAAGGCCCUGGGCAACAGGAUUCACCUGGUGCAGCCCCAACUCACAGCUUGCCCACAGUGGAGCAUCACAGAGAAAGCCCCAGGACCAGAGAAUGUGGGAAGCUUGAUGUUUGGUUUGUUACUGAACCCAGAGACGGCAAACAGCAUCAUCAACAAAGGGCCACCUGCUCAGGCAGCAGAGGCGCGAGAGUUCCGGGAGCUGUGGGCAGAGAAGUCGGAACUCCGGCGGUUCCAGGACUCCAGUAUCUGUGAGGCAGUUGUGUGGAUGACAUCCUCACUUAUCAGCAAGAGAAGACACGUCUGCUCCAAAGUCAUCAAACACAUCCUCAACAGACAUGCAGAUAUCCCAUCAUGCAAUGUUCAUUUCCUGAGUCACCAUCUGGAUUCCCUACUGCACCUGCCGAAACCAAAGGGAGACAACUCCGUGUAUGGCACAGGCGAGGAAGAACAUAUGGCCAUUGUACAAUCAUUGGACCAGUUGAGUAAACUCCUCCAUCGGCUGGAUGGGCUGCCGCUCAGCGUGAAGUCAGUGCAGGGAGUGUCACCGGUCUUCAGGUUUGCAGAGGUGUUUCCAGCAAUGCCUGCAAUUCCAGCUAACAUUCAGACAACAAAUGCAUCAACAGGAUCCGAGUUUCUCCCGCACCCUGACAAACCUGCCCCUUUCUAUGUGCCCACAAUGACUGUAAUGUGCAAGCUGGAGGGGAGCGGCAAGUGGCCCGACGACCUGGAGGCGAUGCGCCGACUGAAGGCAGCCUUCUUCCUCCAGCUGUCACAGGCACUGAAGAGGAAGGAUCCUUCAUUCUUUGUCAAGGUUGCUCCUGCCCAUCUGGAUGUUCUGAAGGAUGGGUAUGUGUUCAGGCUGAAGAUUGGCAACAUGCGUGAGAUUACCUUGGCCAAAAUGUACACCAGUCCGGAAGGAACAACACAGUCACAUGACACCGAAGAAUCUCAGAGACUUCAAAGAGAGUACAGUGCCUGCCCCAAACUGACCAGCACACUACAUGGGAUACAACAACAGAACAAUACCUUCAGUGGAGCUGUGAGGCUGGUCAAGAGGUGGAUCGCCAGCCACAUGAUGCUGGACUACAUUGCAGAGGAGGCAAUAGAGCUGGUGGUGGCACACUGCUACAUCAGUCCUGCCCCAUAUACUGCUCCAGGAUCACCAAUGGUUGGUUUCCUCCGUUUCUUGAGUAUCAUGUCAACGUUUGACUGGAAGACCCUACCACUUAUCAUCAACCUGAACAAAGAGUUCUCCAAGGAGGACAUCUCUGACAUUCAAAAGAAGUUUGCUGAGGACAGAAGUAGUCUCCCCUUGAUGUGUAUUUGUACGCCACAAGACCGAUUGAUUGGGCACUGGACGAGGGAACGCCCAACAGUGCCGAUACUUCAGAGGCUGGUGUUGCUGGCUCAGCAGUCGCUGCAGGUGUUGCAGCAGCAGCUGCAGGACGACUACAUCAACGCCGACUUCAAGACAAUCUUCCGACCACCACUAGAUGCGUUUGACCUUGUAAUCUACCUGAAGACCAAGCAUUUACCCAGACAGCACCAGGCAGUGGAUAUUGCCAUGGCAACAAAGAUUCCCACAAGAGAGUCUGAGAAUACUUGGAAGAGAUUGAUGCCAGUUGUGGACUACGACCCAGUACAGUUCUACCUGGAGGAACUGAGGGGGGCCUUUGGUGACCUGGCACUGUUCUUCCAUGACAAGUAUGGCGGCGCUACUAUUGGUGUUGUGUGGAAGCCAAAAGCCAAGGAAACAAGACCUUUUAAGGUAUUGGAUGUUGGGGGCUGCAUCGUGGACAGCAGUGCCUCCAACGCUGAAGACGUUCUUCUCAAAGUGAACAUGGAUGCCAUCAUUGCAGACUUUCAAGUGUUGGGGAAGGGACUGGUCACUCAUGUUAAAAAGAUGAAGUCACAGACAUAGAUGUCCCAUCACCAUUCUUCAAAUUGUGAACAUUGUUAUGUCUUGUUCAAUCUCAUUCAAAUCCAAUCUUAGAGCUUGCUAUUGUUACACAGACAUUAAGAAUGACCUUUCAUCAGAACAAUCCAAAGUGUCCCUUACCAGAUCAUGAAUCUUACACUGCCUUGACAAGGUUGACAUGGCACGUUAGGAACAAUAAUCUGAUUCUCAAUGAUUGAUCUUGAUAUGGACAUGUCUGACAUUUGAAACAGAAGAGACAUAUUUUUGCUUACAUUCCACUUCCCUCUGAUCUCACUUGUCUAUAAGACCUUGAAUUUUCAAUGUUUAGUUUUCAAAGUUGAAUUGAGGACUUGGUAAAAAAUGUUUAAAACCAUAGUCUGGAAUGGAAGUUGGCAAUUUAAAACUAAUAAAGCUUGUGAUGUCAGCUUUAUGACAGCUUUCUUUUGUUGAAUUCUUGUGAGUAAUUUGUUGGUUGGUCACGGAAUAUCGUUCUGCUGUGACCUGUGUUGUGGUGUCGUCAGCUCUCUGUGUAGCAAUAUCAAGCUCUAGUCUGAUUUGAAUGAGUUCGUGUUUUGUUGAGGAUGGUUCAUAAUAGAACGUAAUGUACAAGAACAUAUGAAAUAUUUAUGAAAAGAAUACUGAAGCAUUUUGUAGUCACAGAAGAUUGUACCAUAAUGUUAUGUCCAACCCAUUGUUUGUUAAGAAUGAAUCAAGAAAAUUAAACAUUUCAUCUGCCAAAA